AUGGACAGCGCUCCCUCCGAAACCGCUGGUCGCGAGCCCGAGCAUACCCACGAAAUCGCCUCCACCAAACAUCUCGACGAAGACCCUAUGAUCGUCAGCGACCGCCUACCGCUCGACUCCGCCGUAGAACUCAUGAGAUCUGCGUAUGCGUCGCAGCCUGGGAACAUCGACUUCACCUUGAAGUUCAGCUCAUGCCUAUUAGCACGCGCGAGAGAAUCGAGGUCCGCGGCAGAUAACGACGAGAUAAUAUUCCUUCUCCGACGCGCUUUGCACAUCGCGCCGGACUUGAAUGAGAGUCCCUUUCUGCUGGAGAGUCUUGGGGUCGCACUACAAAGUCGAUUCGAACGCGUCGGCAAGGACGAGGAUCUUCAAGCUGCAAUAACAACACAUCGCCGCGUUGUCGAACUCAUGCCCGAUGAAUAUAGUGGCAAAGCGCGCUUGCUCGGGAACCUCGCCAUCGCACUACAUCGCCGCUUUGAGCAUGCCGGAGAGCUCGAUGAUCUCGAGGCUGCAAUAUCAAACAACCGCCGUGCGGUGGAACUCACGCCUGAUAGAAACCCCGAUAAGCCGUUUUUGCUGAGUAAUCUCGGUAACGCUUUACAGGACCGCUUCAAACACCUCAGCGAGCUCGCGGAUCUCGAGGCUGCGAUCUCAUUGAGACGCCACGCAUUGUUGCUCACGCCUGACCAACACCCCGGCAAAGUGGCCUCGCUGAACUAUCUUGGCGUGGCUCUAUUGGAUCGCUUCCAAUGCGUCGGUAACCCCGAAGACCUUCACGCUGCGCUAGCGGCGAACCGUCGCGCCGUGGCGCUUACACCCGAUGGAUACCCCGGCAAACCCAGUCAGUUGAACAACUUCGGUCUUGCUCUAUAUUGUCGCUUUCAAUACGCCGGCGAGCUACCGGACCUUGAGACCGCGAUAUCCACUUAUCGCCGCGCGAUUGAACUGACGCCUGAUGGACACCCCCGCAAACCGACUGUGCUGAAUAACCUCGGUACCGCUUUACAAAGCCGCUUCGAGCGCCUUGAAGAGCUUGAGGACCUCGAGGAGGCGACGUCGACGAAACGCCGUGCCGUCGGGCUUACGUCCGAUGGACACCCUGACAAACCAAGAUGGUUAGGGAACCUCGGUAGUGCCCUCCAGGUCCGCUUCGUUCGCCAUGGUCGACUCGAGGAUUUGGAGGCCGCGAUAUCGAUGACUCGCCACGCCGUUGUGCUCACCCCUGAUGGGCACUCCGACAAACCGAAGUGGUUGAGCAAUCUCGGGGCCGCGCUACAGAACCGCUACGAGCGCAUCGGCGAGCUGGAGGAUAUCGAGGAGGCGAUCUUCAUGAAGCGCCGCACUGUGGAACUCGCACCCGAUGAGAGUCCCUACAAACCGACUUGGUUGCACAACCUCGCGAAAUCUCUACAGAGCCGCUUCAGUCGUCACCAAGAGCUCGAAGAUAUCGAUGCUGCGAUAUCAACGCAAUGCCGCGCUGUCGCGCUCAUGCCUGAAGGACACCCGGACAAGCCGCGUCUGUGGGACUGCCUCGGUAUAGCGCUACAGGCACGCUACCAGCGUGUAGGCAAUCUCAAAGAUCUCACUCAGGCGAUAUCUUCAGGACGCAGCGCUGUCGAGCUCACCCCUGACGGACAUCCCCUCAAACCGACCUCGUUGAACAACCUCGGCGUCGCGUUACAGAGCCGCUUCGAGCGAGCUGGCGAGCUGCAUGAUCUUGAGCAGGCAGUGCUAGCGAUACGUUGUGCCGUUCAAAUCACACCUGAUGGGCACCCUGAGAAACCUGAAUGGCUAAACAAUCUUGGGACAGCACUCCGGAAACUCUUCGAGCAGAGGCCCGCUUUCACCGCUUUCAACGAAGCAAGCGCCUGCUUUGUAAAUGCGAUCGCUUGCCCAUCGGGCUCCUCAUUCACACAAUUCCGAUCCGCUACUCGCUUGGUCAGGUUAGUAACUGAACAUCCCAACUUCGCGAGCACCGCGUUGCUCUUGGAUGCUCAUUCACAUCUGAUGCGAAUUCUCCCGGAGCUUAUAUGGGUGGGACAUAGCCUUGAUCGCCGUUACGAAGAAUCUUCUUGGCUGGCUCACCACGUCUACGAUGCAGUAUCGACUGCAAUCCGACAUGGAGCGCUGCCACGAGCGGUCGAGUGGCUCGAGACGGGCAGGUCUCUCGUCUGGUCUCAACUUUUGGCUCUUCGCACCCCGAUGGACGAGCUUGAGAUGCAUCGUCCCGAUCUGGCGAAAGAUCUAUAUCAGGUCCAACGGCAACUACAGCACACCGCUCACUUCCUUCGGUCAGACCAUCCUCACGCCGUCGUAGACGGCCAAGGCUCGUGCGAUACGGUUCUGGAUCAUCAUCGUGCGUUCAGCAUCAAACGCGAUGGCUUACUCAGACAGAUACGCAAGUGCGAGGGCUUUGAGAACUUCUUGCUUUCCAAACCAUUCUCCACUCUACUCCAAUCUCGCAAGUUGUGUCACGGACACUUCGUGUAUAUCAACGCGAAUAAUUUCCCCUGCAACGCUCUAGUUGUUGCGCCCUGCCACGAUGAGCCCAUGCUAGUCGACCUUCCCGAACUUUCCCUUGAUCGAGCGGAAGAACUGCAGUCGCUCUGGAUUGAGCAACUUCACCAGCUAGGGAGGUGCACGCGUAGCUCGGAUUCGCCGACUGCGCCCUCUUCAUGUGCGCAAACAACUUCAACUUCGGACACGGACGAUCUCCAACGUCAUUCUGCUUUUGUGCAAGAAAAGCAUCUUACUUGUGAUCACCUUCUGGAGUGUCUUUGGGACUGGGUCGUACGCCCUGUAUUAGAGGCCCUCAACCUACUUUGCAAUAUACAGGCCGAGGCUCAACCUCACAUCACUUGGUGCCCGACUGGGCCACUGACACGGAUACCUCUCCACGCUGCAGGUCGCUACAGUGAACGGAACGGGCCUCGAGCAUACGACUAUGUUGUAUCAUCAUAUGCGCCCUCCUUGUCGGCGCUCACACGUGCGGCCGAAGGUCUCGCGAAGAAAGCGGCCUCUUCAAGCGUACUCAUCGUCACGCAGUCCGAAACACCAGGGCACGCUCCACUUCGGGGAACUAUGGAGGAAAGUCGUCGGCUUUGCCAGCUUCUUAACGGGUCGAAGAUGCCACACGACGUGCUCAAUCAUAAGCAGGCUACCCGAGAAGCUGUGCUGUCGGUCAUGGAUCGACACUCCUGGGUGCAUUUUGCUUGCCACGGCUCUCAGCGCAAGAGUGACCCUACCAAGAGCGCUUUCCACCUCUAUGACGGUCCUCUCUCGCUCGCAGACCUGAUGCAAACCGUAUCAGAUGAUGCUGAGCUCGCGUUCCUCUCCGCUUGCCAGACAGCGACUGGGGACGAGAAGAAUCCGGAGGAAGCCGUGCACCUCGCGGCGGGUAUGCUCGCUGUCGGCUACAAGGGUGUAGUGGCGACGAUGUGGUCCAUAGGAGAUGCCGACGCUCCAGUAGUCGUCGAAGCGUACUAUAAGAAGCUGCUGGAACUGCGUAGUGCAAGGACGCUUGGGAAAGGGGAGACAGGCGCGGCGUACGCGCUACACGAGGCGGUUCAGGUGUUGCGGAAGCGUGUUGGUGAGACGAACUUCUUACGUUGGGCUCCGUUUGUCCAUUAUGGCGUGUGA